AUGGAGUCUCGCCAGGGCUGCUGCCACAUUUUCACCAGGAUGCUGUGUCUAGGAGCUAAUGAAGACCAGGAACAACAGCAUGGUGGGAAUGCAGUUGUCCUGAAGGCUGGAGAGGAAGAAGGCAAGGAGCUUGUAGAGAGCGAGCUUGCUCAGGGUGAGCUUCAUCAGGGCGAACUUGCUCUGGGCGAACUUGCCCCAAGCAAGCCUGCUCAGGAAGCGCUUGCUCAGUCCGGUCUUACUCAGGAAGCCACAGGAGUGGUAGAGGUGGGAGAAAACGAAGAAGAAGAAAUGGAAGGAGGUCAUUCUGGCGAUGGUAGUUCUGGCCCCAUGGAAAAGGGGAUCCAGGCCGAAGGUGGCCAUGGCAGAAGUGUUCCACAGCAGCCUCAGCAAGAGGCGGCAAUGCCUGAGGGCACCAAGAAUCUCCAGGCUCGGGACAGGCAGCCUUUCCACAGACACACCAGUUUCACCCAGUCUCAGCUGCAGGACCUGGAGCGUCUUUUUGAAGAGACUCGCUUCCCCAGCUUUCAAGUAAGGAAGGAUCUUGCAAUAUCAAUGGGUGUGCCGGAAGCAGAUGUGCAGGAUUGGUUUAGGAACAGGAGAGCCAUUUUCAGGAGAAACAAUAGAAAGGUGGUGCUGAUUGAUGCACCACCUGCUCCCCAGAACAACGAUCCCUGAAGAUUUUGGAGCAGCUCAUGUGUGCCACCUCUGUCCAGAGCCAGAUGACCUGGAACCUGGCCAUGCCCCCAAUGUCUCGGCCACCCAUGCUGGCCAUGACAACAUUUUCUUCCCUGCAAUUAUCUCAGCAAU